AUGCAUUUCAAACGCAGAUUGGUGGUGCUCAUCGCAGGUUUGCUCCUAGGUCAGGUGAAGUCGCAUCCGCAAGCUGAUCCCUGCCAGAAUUUCUAUGAGGUGGCCUGCGGCAAUUGGUCCUCCACUGAGGCGACCAGUUUACUGGGCCAGCUUGACUACAACUACCAGGAAAAGUUGGCCGACUUGCUGGAUACUGAAGAAAAGGACGAUGAGCCACGUUUUCUGCAGCAGCUCAGAUACUUUUACGCCGCCUGCCGACGUCCUUUGACCCAGGAUCAGGUUCUGCGGACCCUGGAACAGCUGAUCGUACUAGCGGAUAUCCAAUUUGAAGAGCUGACGGUGGGCCUGACUGCCGCCUUCCGUCUGGAAGUGCUCGCAGAUAUAAAUUCCGACAAUAAGCAUGAAAUAUGGAAGCAGCUGCUGUCCCGCCGGAAGGAUUGGGAUACAAAUACGACGAACAGGGAGCCCUUAACUCGGGACAAGUUCGAUGAGUUAUGGGCCAGCCUGCCAAAAAAACGCUCUGCGGACAAGGACCUCUUUUGGUACCAGGUGAGCACGCUGGAAGACGAAAUAAUGAGCUUUGGCAGGGAGGACGAUGGACUUCCUAGCGAUGAUCUGGUUACCUGGACACCAACCUCUUGGAUGCUGCCCUGGCCACAUCGGAAUCUAACCUACCGAAAUCUCUACCAAGUGGCUUAUCUGCUAAAGAUACAAACCCCUGGCUUUAUGCUCACAUAUAUCUAUCUGAGACUGAGGCUGGUCCCGGAAGGACGCUCCAGGGAAUCCUGGCUCAUAGACCGCGACGAGUGCGCCGAGCAGUCCCGCCAGAUCCUCAGUCAUCCCGCUGCGUGGUUGAUGGAGAAGAACCAUCCCAGGCUCCAGGAGGAGCCAGUGCUGCAGAACAUUUUCGAGGAGCUGAAGCAGCGCUUUGGCCAGAAGCUCCGGGCGAACAGGAAUAACUUCACCCGCCGCACACAGCGCCACCUAAUGAGCAAGUUGAAGAGAAUGCGUCUGCGACUGAGCAUCCUGCCCAGAAACUCCUCGGCACAGUACAUGGUGCGACGCAUCGAUUGGCACUACAGGGAUGUUCGCAUGAAUGCCAGUGAUUACUUUGGCAAUCUGUACAUCGGACUCAACCACUCAAGGCCGCAGCUGGAGAACAGCUUGUGGAGCGUGGUCUUCGGCCGCACGUUGAUGCCAAGCCGGAGCUCCAGGAGCGACUUGUACCCCAUUCAAGGUAACUAUGGCACCUUUGCCUCGCCGUUCUACAUAACCCAGCAGAAUAUACUGAUUGUGCCGCUUUCGCUCCUGGAACCGCCGCUCUACUCACCUGGGCAGCCGCCAUUACUAACCUACAGUUCCCUGGGCUUUAUACUGGGUCACGAGCUGUCCCACGGCUUCGAUUCCGAGGGUGUGACCUUCUCCGCCAACGGAAUGAUGAGUCGCACCGUGAACAGGGAGAUCGAAGGGAACACGCGGCUGCAGCACGAGUUCCGUUGUCUGUACAGGAAAUUCGGGAGCAGAUGGUAUGAGAAGUUCGCGGACGCCAGUGGCCUGGAACUGGCCUACUCCGCCUACUUUGACAUCGCACAAACGGAUCGGAAGCGGAAUCGAAGUACCGAGCACUUGGUGACCCAGAAGCAGCAGUUCUUUCUCAACUUUGCCCAGUUCUUCUGCUCUGAUGAGGACUAUGAGCAGCUCUUGGAGCAGAGCGCUUAUGGCAGCGAUCGGAAGAGGGUCAACGAUGCCGUUGCCCACUUCAAGCCGUUUCAGGAGGCCUUCUCCUGCGGCACCUCGCACAGGCGGAGGCAAUGCCGAUUGUUUUGACGGAUUGCACGCCCAAAUAAAUGACCAUUUAUUUCCCUAAUAUACUCACGAAUGCUUACUCAAUGCGGCCAAGAUUACACUCGGAGAAAAACGCAACUGUGUGACA